GUUUCCUGUCUCUCAGCUUCUCUGUGUUUGUCACUAACUUUGUUCUCCUCAAUCAUAUUUAGAAAAAUCAGCUAAGGAAUCUGAUUAUGCUUCUAUUUCCGAAUUUCCAUUGACGGCAAGCAACGGCUUCAUCCCUCCGACUACUUCUCAGUGUUCCAGAAAUUUGUUGGAGCUGAAUUGCCCAAGCUUCAGCAAAGCUGGUGUCAUAUUCUGAUAUACAUACCCCCCCACGGGAGUCAAGUAAGGUGGCCAAGACCUCGGUGGCUCGGGCCUUUCUAUAGGAACUAAGGUCAUUGACAACCGACCGAGAGCGCACCAAGUAUACCGGCAUCGGCAUCAUCUCUCCAGCUGCAGCAAAUUGAUCGCCGUAUUUCGUAAAUUUUGGAACUGUAUUUCUCUGGCUUAAACGAAACUGCAGCAGCAGCAGCAGCUUCAUCCAUUCAGGCGGCAGCAGGGAAUAUAUUCAUCUGUCUUGCAGGAAAUCUUUGGCACCUGAAUUGCUCUGGCUUUAGUGAAACUGGUGAGAAGGUGGUCCAUGUGCGAACGUACAAGAACACAUAAGAAAUUCGAACAAGUACUUCCACGAUCAUUUGAGUCGAAACAACAACCUUCUCCUCCUGCUGUUCCAGUGCUUGAUCAGGGUGUCUCAGUCCAAUAUAUACACGCUUUUUCUCUUUUCUCUUUUUUGGAAGUAUACACACACUACGAGCUUCAAGUAAAGUGCCACAAGAAGUCAGACCUUUAUAUUGAAUACUAAUCACCAGCUGACCGGCCAUCCACUAAGGACACAGCUGAUAUGGGCAAACCAAAGCAUUCGUGCUGGGAAUAUGUAAAGUCGAUACAAGAUCCUGCUAAUCCAUCUAAAAGGAGGUGGCAAUGUAAAUAUUGCAACAAAGACUAUGCAGGAGGGGCCUCAAGGAUCAAGGUGCAUUUGGGUUUGGAGAGAGGCCAAGGAAUCGAAAUUUGCCAGAAUUUCAAGAAAAGACAUAUGAGUCAGGUGCCUGAGAAUGGAAUGAGUUCAGCUGCAGAGAAUGCGCAAGUUGCAGGUUUUCCAAGCAGUGGACUCGUCUUUAAUCAAGAAAGCCUAAAUAUUCCGCCGCAAACCAGUCUCGGUGGAAUUCAGGGACCUAUGAGGUCUAUAGAAUCAGAAAUGGAUCUUUCUGUGCAUACCUUAGAUCUGUCAGUGGGGAACUCAACUAGACUUGCGGCCACCAUAAAUGAUUUCGCUGCUGCCGUGGAUUCUCAGCCACCUGUGGAUCCAUCUAAUAUUGUGCCGCAACAGUAUGAUAACCAAAUUAUGCCAUGUCCAAACCCUCAGGCCAAUCCUCAGCAUGCCAUGGAGCAGCAAAAUAUGUCAGCUUCGACCAUGAAUCGUGAGCCAAUGGUUGACAGAGUUGCAGAGAACCCGGGACCGGGAGUACAAUCUGGUUUGCCGCCAAAUGGUCCUGAUCUGCCAGAGGAAUACCACCAGGCAGAUGCAAUGCAAGUUGAUCGAGAUACGUGCAGCGAGAGAGGUCAGCGUACCGGUGCUGCUUUUCCAGGGUUGACUCGUGAUGCUAUCCUAGUUCCAGAGCUAGUGGGUCAAGAAUUUAACAGGGUCGUCAAUGAGAUCUGGGACUACAUAACAAAGGAAAAUAUUUUAAGCGUCGGCAUAUAUGGGAUGGGGGGAGUCGGGAAAACCACAAUUGUAAAGCACCUCUAUAAUAAAGUAUGCGCCAAUGCUGACUUUGGUAAUAUAUUCUGGGUCACCGUGUCAAAAGAUUGCAGUAUCCACCAGCUGCAAAACAAGAUUGCGAAAGCAAUAAAAGUGCCACACCUUUUCGAGGAUGCGGAUGAAUCAAUGAGGCCAACCUUGUUGUUCAAUCAUUUGAGCAAGCAGAAGAAGUCCCUAAUUAUUUUAGACGACUUGUGGCAGCAUUUGGAGCUCCGAGAUGUAGGGAUUCCGGUGAUGAAAGAUGGCAUUCAGCUUGUAUUGACAACUCGAAAUUGUCGUGUUUGUGAGAGGAUGUCGUGUGAAAGGACAAUUGGCGUCAAGCCCCUAUCAAACGAAGAAUCGUGGACAUUGUUUGUCCGGAAAUUUGGUGCUGAUCUUUCUCCUAGUUGGGAACCUACUGCAAAGAGUAUCGCAGAGGAGUGCAAGGGUAUGCCACUUGCUAUUGUUGUUAUGGCAGCGAGCAUGAGGGGGGUGCACAGUGAUCAUGGAUGGGAAGACACACUGGAAACAUUAAAACAUCCGGGAGCUUUACAAGAGGACAUGCAAACAAGUGUUUUCCCAAUUCUACGAUACAGUUACGACUGCUUGGAUGCAGAGAAGCAACAAUGUCUUUUACAGUGUGCUCUAUAUCCUGAGGAUUGGAAAGUCUGCAGAGAAGAAUUGAUAGAACUUUGUAUCGAUGAGGGGGUGAUUCGUGGAGAUAGCAGGUGGAAGAUGCACAACAAAGGCCACCGAUUAUUAGAUGAACUUGAAAAGGCCUGUCUCCUAGAAUAUGUACCAAUACAUGUUGGUGGUUAUGAGACAAAAGCGGUAAGGAUGCAUGAUGUGAUUCGGGAUAUGGCAUUGUACAUCAUGAACGCAAACAGCCCUUGCAUGGUGAAAUCUGGCUUGCAUUUGGAUGACAUGCCCGGUGAGGACGAGUGGAUGCCUAAUCUUCAAAGGGUCUCGUUGAUUAAGAGUGGAAUAAGAGUAGUUUCGUCCAUGUCACCGAAUUGUCCUCAACUCACAACUCUGCUGCUAAGUGCAGGUUGGGAAUCGGGUGAUCUCCCAGAAUGCUUCUUUGAGUGGCUACCGGGGUUAAAGGUUAUUGAUUUGAGCGACACUGGGAUCAGAAAAGUGCCAGAAUCUAUCACCAAUCUGGAAAAGUUGAACGCACUGAUACUCAAAAGAUGCUAUCAAUUAUAUGUUAUUCCUUCAUUGGCGAAGUUGACAUCUUUAAAGAAGUUGGACCUCCAAUCGUGCCAUAGUUUGAAAGAAGCGCCAGAUGGGCUGGGAAUGUUGGUUAAUCUAACAUAUCUCGACUUUUCAGACACAAGUAUUGAGAAGAUAAGUGAUGGAGUAAUAGGUAAAUUGCAGAAGCUACAGUAUCUAGCUACCAAUUAUAUAGAAGUGAAGGGAGAAGAAAUUGCAAAAUUGAAGAAGUUGGAGUCACUUUAUUGUCGUUUUCAAAAUGUGAAUGAGCUGAGCGAGCACAUACAGCAUGCAACAAUGAUAAAGUCCUACGUGCUCAGCAUAGGAUUUCAUGGAUAUGAUGAUCAAGGUUCACUUCCGGAUCCAUUUGACGAUGAGGAUAAUGAAUUCGGGAAUCCCUUUUCCAUGUGGGGUAAGAAAUCCAUAUUUUUGGGUGAUAUUGGACAAUACAGCAUGGGGGAGACUUUUCAUCUCCCACGAGAUGUGAAGACAUUGACAGUUGAGCAUUACAAUGGGACGUGGAGUGAUAUUUGCAGACUUGAAGACCUGCGGGUGUUCAAGAUAUUUGACUGCAGGGAGGUGUCAGCACUUCCUUUCCCAUCACAGCAAGGAGACCACUGCCCCAAUCUCAAGGAGCUACGGAUCUCUAGAUGUCCAAAAUUGAAGCAUCUGUUGGUGCCCAGACACAGCUGCAAUCUGUACUUUAAGAAACUAGAAAAGCUCGUGAUAGAAGACUGCGGGGAGCUGGAGAGUAUAAUAGACGAAGAAGAAUCACUUGAACUUCCUUUCCUAUCACAGCAUGGAGACCAUUUUCCCAAUUUCAAUGAGCUUUACAUUUCCCAUUGUCCGAAACUGAAGCAUCUGUUGGUGGUGUCAGGACGUAGUCGCAGUAGUACUCUGUACCUUAAGAAACUAGAAAAGCUCCAGAUAUGCGGCUGCGAGCAGCUGGAGAGUAUAAUAGGAGGAGCAACAGACGAAGAAGAAUCACUGACAUCAUCAACAUCACCACUGCCACCCGACGCUUUCUCCCAACUCCAAUCAAUUAAAAUCGAGAGCUGCCCAAAGAUGAAGAAUGUGGUGGGGCCUGAAUUGCUUCCUCUUCUCCAUAACCUCCAGCGGAUUCGAGUUAAUGAGGCCUCCAAUAUGGAGGAGAUAAUAGCAGUGCCAUCCCUUUCCCCACCACCACCACCACCACCUGGAGGCCACUGCCCCAAUCUCGAGGAGCUGCACAUCUCUACAUGUCCAAAAUUGAAGCAUCUGUUGGUGCCCAGACACAGCUGCCAUCUGUACCUUAAGAAACUAGAAAAGCUCGAGAUAUGGGACUGCGAGGAGCUGGAGAGUAUAAUAGGAGCAGCAACAGACGAAGAAGAAUCACUGACAUCAUCAACAUCACCACUGCCACCCGACGCUUUCUCCCAACUCCAAUCAAUUCAAAUCUCCUAUUGUCCAAAGAUGAAGAAUGUGGUGGGGCCUGAAUUGCUUCCUCUUCUCCAUAACCUCCAGCGGAUUCAUGUUCAUGGUGCCUCCAAUAUGAAGGAGAUAAUAGCAGUGCCAUCCCCGACAUCAAUUCCUGCAGCCAUGUUCCCCUUGCAGCUUCCUCUUCUUACAUCAAUAUCUGUCUCGGGAUGUUUAGAGAGGAAGAGGGUGCUAACUCUCGAGUUAUUCAUGUUCCUCCCCAACCUCCAGACUAUCAUCGUUAGGGAUUGCAAAGAGAUGAAGGAGGUGAUAGGCGGCCAAGAAUUAGACCACGGCGCCACCAGCAGCUUGUUCUUGUCCCCCAUUCCAGCAGCAUCUCCUGGCAAUCAAUUAAGUACAAGAAAGCUGGCCUUGAAUUUGUCAGACCUUAUGGCAUCUCUUUCCCCACCACCAAUUCCUGCAACCACGUCUACCCUCUUCCUUCCUCUUCUUACAAAGAUUUAUGUUGAACAAUGUCAACAGAUGAAGAGGGUGCUAACUCUUGAGUUAUUCAUGCUCCUCCCCAACCUCCAGACUAUCCGUGUUCAUAAUUGCAAGGAGAUGAAGGAGGUUAUAGGCAGCCAAGAAUUAGACCCCGGCUCCCCCAGCAGCUUGUUCUUGUCCCCCAUUCCAGCAGCAUCUCCUGAUGAUCAAUUAAGUUCAAGAAAGCUGACCUUGGAGUUGGACGACCUUGAGGAGCUGGAGAGUAUAUGCAGGUGGACCGGACUUCGGGAUCUCAUACAUGUCAUUGAGAUAAGUAGAUGUCCAAAGCUGAAGAGGAUUGAAAUGCUAGAUGAUGCUUCUCCUCCCCCUUCUCUCAAGGAGAUAGUACUAAUAGAUAAAGUGGAUGGAAAUAGAGAAAGACAAUGGUGGGAAUCUCUGGAGUGGGUCCACCCUGAGGCCAAGACUACCCUUGAACCCUGUGUUCUAUUCGAGAGCCGGUUAGAAUACCUUGUGCGACGGCAGGAAGAAAUGGCACGGAGGGGGGUGUUCAUUCAAGGGGGGCAAUGAGUAGCAUUGGAUUGCACCAUCAGAUUCCCUAUUAAGCUUGCUGCUGCUGUGGGAGAUUGCGGGAUUGUGGAUAGCUUAAAAGAUGGGGAAGUCGGAGAUAGUGAACUGCUGCUUCUGUGAUUGUUGCUAAGGAGAUUCUGAAACGUUUGCUCUUUGAAUUAUCAACAUUUGCUAUGAAGAACUUCUACAAUAUGUGUGUGUCUGCCUGCUCUGCUAAAUAUUCUUCAGAUACUAGAAAAUCAACUAUCGGUGAAUGUCAAAUGUGUCAUUUGUGGAUGUGGUGAACUCUGCUGAAUCAAUUUAUUGUUCUUAUUGUUC